GUUUGUUUCACUUCCUGAUCCGGGGCGGGGAAGCGCGCGCGCUUGUUUAUCUGUGGAUUUUUUUAUCACCAACUGCAGAUUCUAGAGUUUUCAGACUUUGAUCCUGGAGGGGGUCCUAUGCUGGGUUACUUGAGCUCAACAUGUACUGCUACCACCAGAAUUUAGAGUUUUAAAUAGGGGAUAUUAGAAGGACGGACUAGAGUUGGGAUAUUCUGAACGCCCUGUGGUGGAAUCGCUUUUUUUCUACGAAGGCUGCAGCUCCAUUCGGUUUGUGUUAGCAGGGUUUAAGCCAUGUCGGACGGGCGGAUCUAUGUGGGAAACCUUCCUAUGGACGUGCAGGAGAGGGACAUUGAGGAUAUCUUCUACAAAUAUGGAAAAAUACGGGAUAUUGAGCUGAAGAACAACCGAAGCACCAUCCCGUUUGCCUUUGUCCGUUUUGAGGAUCCACGGGAUGCCGAGGACGCUGUCUUUGGAAGGAAUGGAUAUGAAUUUGGAAACAGUAAGCUGCGUGUGGAAUACCCACGAUCCUCUGGAUCUAAAUUUAGUGGACCUGCGGGAGGAGGAGGAGGAAGAGGAGGAGGAAGAGGAGAGGGGAGGAGGUUUAUGCCGGUGGUCCGUAGAUCCGAGUUCCAAGUUAUUGUGACGGGUCUGCCUCCCACGGGCAGCUGGCAGGACCUGAAAGAUCACAUGCGGGAAGCAGGCGACGUGUGCUUCGCUGACGUGCAGCGGGAUGGGGAGGGUGUGGUUGAAUUCCUCAGGCGUGAGGAUAUGGAGUAUGCACUGCGUCGUCUGGACAACACAGAGUUCAGAUCGCACCAGGGAGAGACUUCAUACAUCAGAGUGAUGGAGGAUAGGGGAACGAGCUGGGGUCGCUCGCGUUCCCGGUCCAGGUCCAGGUCUCGCGGUCGCUACACCCCCCCCUACCAGAGCAGAGGGUCGCCCCCUCCGCGCUACCGCUCCCCCCCACGACACAUGUCCCGCCAUAGCCCCCCAUCCCGACGAGCCACCCUCCAGCAUCACAGCCCACCUCCACGCCACUACCGAUGAAGCACAGAGACCCUACAGCUCCAUCAACUUUCUGUUUGAGAGUUCUGUAAUUUACAUUCCAUUAUUAUAAAAACCCAAAUGGCCUUAUUCAAGUUCAUUUUAUUAUCAAAUCUCUGAGUUUUUGAAAACGGUCACGUGUUUAAAGAGCAGAUCAUGUGACGAUUUCACUCGCAGAAAUAACUUUUCCAAAAACAGAAAGCAGAAGUUUUGAAAACAGUUUUAUCUUUUCUGAUUAUUGGUAUUAGGCACAAGUCAGACUAAAGACACAAAUCUUUGCUUGAUUUCAUAGACACUAGAGUUUUAUUUUUGAUCAUUUCAAUACAAGGCUUACAUUUUAAAAUGUUUCUUUAUAAAAUCUCCCCAUGUGAUUUUUUUGUAUCAUGUGACAACUGUAUGUGAAAUUACUUUCCUUUUUUCAAUUAAACCAUUGAGUCAAAGUUACAC